CUCCAUACCAGCUGCCGACAGCCUCAUCCUGGCCAAAACCUCACUGCGAGUGUGUAAACACGACAAAUGCUCCGGGUGUGAAGAUUUACACCUGUGCAGGUACUUUGUGUGCGGGAGCUGCAGAUUCGAGUGUGCUUUCACUACAACAAGGGGAACGGUGAUUUUGGCAGUUGUAAAUACAAGACGUCCUGUACCAACCUGCACCUCUGCCAGCACUUCCUGCAGGAAGACUGUAAGUUCGGAGCGACUUGCAAAAGAGCCCACAAAUUCGAUGCGAGUGCUCUGAAAAUCCUUAGUGCCCGUGGGCUCAGUGCGGAAAACAUGCGCAGACUCCUCAAGCUUUACAAGAACAGGUUAUUGAUUGCUUCUGCAGCUUUCAAGAAGAAAGAGACAGUGUCUGUACCUGCAGCAAAAGGACGCACCAGACACAAGUCCGGUAACUCUGUCAGUGAAGCGGACCACAAUGAAAUCUGCCUCUUUUUCAUACGCACUGGAUGCAGUUUUAAAGACAAGUGUGCCCGUAUUCACCACAAUCUACCUUACAAAUGGCAGAUCUUACAGAAAGAUGGAACGACAUGGAGUGACUUGCCAAAUGAAGAGGAGAUUGAGAAGGCGUAUUGCAGUCCUGCUAAUGUUUUGUGUAUUACUGAUAGCAGCACAGGGCACAUGGUAGUGGACUUCAUGUCAAUGACAUGUGGAGUAUCAGAUGUCCGUCGUCUGUCCACAGCAUCUUCUGUUACUAAACCACCACACUUCAUUCUCACCACUGAAUGGAUCUGGUUCUGGAGGAACGACAAGGGUGGCUGGACGGAGUACGGCAAAGGGGAGGAUGCAAAACUCGUGGCGUCGGUCACUUCAGAAGACCUAGAGAAACUCUACCUGGCGGACAGUGAAAAGGAAAUCUCAUUCACAUCCCAGAACCAUCAGUAUGUGCUCAAAUUUAAAGAGAUGUGCCAACAAAAUCUGAAGUACAAAACUGAGAGAGAUGUUCGAAGGAGACCUCGUUUUGUAUCUGCUCAAGACGUCAAGAGUAAAAUCAAGGGAGGUGAUUCUACAGAAAGCUCAGCAUCUUCUUCUGCAGAUGUUCCUUCUUACUGGGACAAAGGAGCUCCUGAUACCGGCACCUACAAGAUUGUUUCACUGCAAAAAACUUGCAAGGAGUAUGAGAGAGUGAGCUCAAUGUUUAAUAGAACUCUGCCUGGAAGCAUCAUUCACCGCAUUGACAGAGUGCAGAAUCCUUCACUCUGGAAAGUCUUUGAGUGGCAAAAAGAGCAAAUGAACUUAAAGAGUGGAGGAAAGGUAGUGGACCAGCGCUACCUGUUUCAUGGUACAGAUGAAUCUCACAUGGAUGCCAUUUGUGAUCAAAACUUUGACUGGAGGAUUUGCGGAAGUAACGGGACACUUUAUGGGAAAGGAAGCUAUUUUGCCAGAGAUGCUUCAUACUCGGACAGAUACGCCAGAUCUAGGAACGGAAAGACCAAGAAGAUGUUCAUGGCGCUUGUGCUGGUUGGAGACUUCAUUAGGGGUAACAAUAGUUUAGUUCGUCCACCACAAAAACCACACAGCCAAAGAUUUUACGACAGCUGUGUCGACAACGAGGCAAACCCGGCCAUUUUUGUCGUGUUUGAGAAAUUUCAGAUCUAUCCGGAGUACAUCAUUGAAUACUCCUGAUAUGUGCCGUGUCAAAUUAUGUUUGGAUAUAUUUGACGCACUCAAACAUUCUAAGCAGAUCUACUUGUUUCUCGAAAUCCUUCUGAAACGGUUAAUAUCGCUGAACAACCAAAAUCUUCAACUUUAGGGCAUUUAAGCUUCUUCUUUAGUGAAUACUAAUGGGAUGUUACAUAGUAGAUAGUUAGAUGAGUAAAUUUAAUUAGUUUCAGUCUCUAUUCAAUCAUCUAUGUGUGAUGGAAAUGGCAAACUGGUAAAAAAACGAAAUAUCUGAAUUUUAUUGUGAUUUAUUAUGUUAUUUUCCUUAUUGACUUUUGUGCUGAGAGAAAAAAAAAAGAGUUUAACCAGUAGCUUUCAACUAACAGUUUUUGAUUGCUCAAGAUUAUAAAAACGUGAAAACUAAAUGGUUUAGUCCAUUGUUUCUCAUCCAUGUUGCUGCAAGACCACCAGCUCUGCACAUUUUCCAUGUAUUCUUAACCAAACACACCUGAUUCAGAUUCAAACACACCUGAUUCAGAUUCAAACACACCUGAUUCAGCUCAUUAGCAAAGACUAAAAGAAGUGUAAUGAGUUUGACAGACAAAAGAGGCAUCCAAAACAUCCAGUAAUGUGAUUUAGAAACAUUGAUUUAGUCAAUUGAAUAUUCACUCCGCAAAACUCAAAACCGUUCUAUUUAGUUUAUGACGUAUUUCAUGUUUAAUGAUAGGGAUAGAAUUUAAGUACUGAUUCUGUUCUGGACAGCACUUUUCUUGUUAUUAUAACCACUAUAAGUAGAGUUAUUUAGUAAAUCAUAACUGUAAAUCCUGGGUUAACAGCCUUUUGCACAUGUUGCUAUCACUUAUCGGAUGAAUAAAGAAUGGGACCCGUUUCCAUGCAGACUUUAGUGUUGCAUAUCUGUAUAUUAUAUAUUGCCUACAUCUAUUAUAUUGGUUUCCUGAAUGUUCCUGAUGGAUAAUAAAUGUAAGAAUAAAGUGCUCCUGUUUUUCUUCAACUCCAAAAUGAAUUGAAACAGCUGUACAUCUCAAAUUAACCUGUCCAAAUAAUAUGACUGUACAAUUUUAAGGUACACAAUUUACUCUAGAUGCUAAAACAAGUGUAAAACAUACUAUUGCAUUUCCCACUGCAUGUCUGGCAUAGAUGUAUUGACACUGUCAUAAGGUAUGUGCAGGAAAAUGCAGAAGGGUUUUUUUAUUGUGCCGUAACUUGGGUCAAGCGAUUAAGGUGAACUGUAUGCAGUUACAAAAUUGGCGCGUUUAAGGUCUGUUUUCUUUAAAAAUCAAUGAUCUCCACUGCCUGAUUGAUAUACGAUAUAAAGUGGGUCUCAGAUUGUAAAAGGAACACUGAAUUAAAUUCUGUUUUCCCACAUCAUGUCUUUAAAAUAAGAACAUUUCUUUUACUGCUGUAUUUUCAAUGGUGUUUCUGCGGUUACCUGCUGAUCCUGACAGCGCGUGCUUGUAAACAGCUUUUCAUCUCGUUUUACACUUGAACAAUUAACUGAAUGCUUAAGUCUAUUUAACUGCUUGUAUUUUAGUUACAUGACAACAUCGAUGCUGUAAAAGGGAACUGUAUAAAAUUUUAAAAAGUCACAUUAACCGUUCACCGGACGUUUAUUGGUAUGGGAAGAAACAGUAGCUGUGCAUAUACCCAAUACCUGCGACACUGGAUUUAUAUGCUCUAAGACCAGUUUUCAAAUAAAAACAUCAAGACUUUUGAUAUAUCAGUAAUUUGUGUAAAUUAAUAUUAUUAACUGUAACACAGUGGAAGUUAACCAAACUAUUGAGAUCUUGUUUAAACAAUAUGCGGUUAGUGGGAACUUCUUUUUCUUCAGCCAGUGGCAACUCAUCAGUCAAACACACACACACGCAGUCCUAACAAUAGCAGAGCGAGAGUGUAAACGAAGUCACAUGUUUCAAGCUAUUUCAACUCCAUGAAUAGCCAAGAUGCAAAUUUAAAUGUUUUGCCCUUUAAUGAUUUGUUUAUUCUUUUUAAACUAUUUUCUUUUUUUCUGUUGUUUUCUUAGCUCAGCUACAUUGUUAAUGAGGCCGCUACCUCAAUAUACUUCCAAGUUUAAAAGUAAAUCAGUUUUGAGGUUAUGAUUUGAAAUACACUUUUUUACAUUUAUUAGACAUAUAAUGUGUAUUUGCAUAAAGACAUGAAUUACUCGGCAUCGGAAAGGAAAUCUGUGGUAUCGAACAUCAGUGUUAACACUGCGUUUAAUCUCUAUUUUUAAAUAACAAGUGCAAAACCUGGGGGUUAAAAGUUAUGUUUACAACGAAAAUAACUCAGGAUGGUGAAAAGCAGUGUGAAAAGCCCUAAACAUACUAACACAGCAUCUUUCACACUGUACACUAUUAGGACAUUUUUCAGAGUUCCAAAAAUUAUUGGCAGAACAGUUUCUGUGUGUUUGCAUUGCAUGAACUGCUUACAAGUUUAGUUCUAAGAUUGCCAUUUGGGGGAACUACAGAAAUUUGCUCCUACUUUAGAGCAAAGUCUAAUCUAGGAAUAUACAGUAGGUUCAACAGUGAUUUAAAUGUGUGCUGAUUGGGCGAGUAUUUCAAACUGUUACAACACGGUUAUUGUCUUUCUUAGGGAUUUGCUAUUUCAGUUGCAUUUCUUCAUCAUCUACAGAAAUACAAGACACACAAUAAAAUCACAGCGUCCUCUUUUUAA